CAUAGCCCUUACGCACACUCCUCUCAUCUGUUUCGAAUAUUCUUGGUAUUCUUCACAAAAAACGCCAUUCCUGCAAACCCCGAAUCUGUCAUGUCGCCUUCUGGCGACCUCUGCACAUGCUUCGCCGGCGAAAAUGGCGGUCCUAACGGCGACCACCACGAAUCCGCCGAUCCGAAUUGUACGCAUUGCAAGAAAUCCGAUCCGUCGCCGUCGUCGUUUUACUAUUCUUCUUCGCUCGGAUACGUUUCGGUGCCGUUGAGCGACUCGGAAAAGCUACGGCGGGUCGUAACUGCCUCAAUCAAGGGCUUCACCAUCGGAGCCGGUCUCAAAGGCGGGCUCGCCAUUUUCUCCAUCUUAGCUCGAUUGAGACGACGAAAGCUCUUAGCCUCUCUCAGGAAGGAGGGUGUGAUUACAAAUAAUGAAGCUAUUGUUACUGCUUUGAAAGAGACAUUGAGAUAUGGUCUAUUUCUUGGAACUUUUGCUGGUACAUUUGUUUCAGUGGAUGAGAUUAUAGGUUCUUUGGCUGGUCACCGUAGGACAGCCAAAUGGAGGGCUUUGUUAGCAGGGGCUAUAGCUGGGCCAUCGAUGCUUCUCACUGGCCUGAACACGCAGCAUACGAGCUUGGCCAUAUACAUACUUAUGCGUGCUGCUGUGUUGGCGUCGCGGUGUGGGAUUAAAAGCAAACGGUUAGGGGGCAUUUGUAAACCUCUCACUUGGGCUCAUGGUGACAUUUUUCUUAUGUGUCUCUCCUCUUCGCAAAUUCUGUCUGCUUACAUAUUGAAGCAGGAAAGUUUACCUCCAUCAUACAAAUCUUUUCUCAAUAAACAUGGUGGAAAGGAUACAGUAAUAUUGCAAGGUGUAAAAGAGAUUGCAAGUGGCAUACCUUUUACUAAUUUGGAAGCAAUAGAAAAAUAUUACAAAUCCAUUGGAACAAAUAUUAAACUAGAUCCAGCCAUGGAAGUUCCCUGCUCGAUUGUACAUGGAGAUCAGUCAUGUAGUGCGCAUAUUAUUUCUUUCCUAGUUCAAGCCUAUAAGAGAGCAUUACCAGUUUAUCUUCCAGUGUAUCUGAUUCCCGCCCUUAUAGUUCAUCGCCAAGAUCUCCUGAAAAGGCAUUACUCUAUACUACUAAAGGGCCUUCUUGGUACUGCAAGAUCAAGCUUGUUUCUAUCCGUAUAUUGCUCAUCUGCCUGGGCAUGGACAUGCUUUCUAUUUAGGAUUUUCAGGAGAUGUAAUAUUCCAAUGGUAGCAAUGGGGACGUUCCCAACUGGCUUGGCCUUGGCCAUUGAGAAGAAAAGCAGGCGAACUGAGAUUUCCCUCUACUGUCUUGCUCGGGCAAUCGAGAGCUUUUUCACGUGCAUGGCUGAUACCGGAUACUUGCCACCAUCAACAAAAAUGAAGAGAGCUGAUGUUGUAAUCUUCAGCUUAUCCACGGCAAUCAUAAUGCAUUGCUAUGCACAGGAGAGGGAAGUGUUCCGAUCCAAAUACUUGAACGUCCUUGAUUGGGUUUUUGGCAUCCCACCUCCUUGUGAAACCCCUCGCUGCCAAAAGAGUUAGGAUGAAGUAUCUGCCAAUUUUCAGUUUGAAGAGAGAUUUUCUUUUGUACUUCCUCUAAACCAAAUGGAGGGAAAAUUUGUAUCAUAGUUCAAACAUUCUAUUGCUGCCCUUCAAUAACUUCAUAUAAAACGUG